AAGAUCUGUUCAUUGACAAGGCAUACGGAAUUGUUACAGAUAGUUGUAAGUGGUAUUUUAUCGAAUGUGUUGUGAAUGAAGAUGAUAAACCGAAAUUUAGCAUUCAUUCGAAGGAAGGAUCCAUAAUCGACUGGAGUGAGGAGAUAGAAUCAUUGGAGAAUGGGGCGCGUAGAGUUUUGG